UUACCUGACCUCCUAGGGCACUUUUUAAGUCGCAUAAGCCCGGCUCCAAUCGAAGCAAGAAAAAGAAACUUCUAUCGUCCAAGCACCGCUCUAUUCGGAAAUUGGUGUGGUGUGCUAAGCUAUCUGGUAAAGCAGCACUUUAAGCCCAAAAUAUAUCAAUGCACUUGGGAUGACCAAGGGAAUUUCUAUCUCAACGCCUCCCGCGGAGGCGUCUCUACGACAGCUGGCAUAGGAUUCUGGAUGGCCGCGCUUGACAGAGCACGUUAUGGGAUUGUCAGAUUUCCACUCUUACGUCUCGGUAAUGGUUCCAAGCCUGGAGACCGGCUAUCCGAAGACGGCCAGCUCGGGAGAAAUGGGCUAUAUCUUCAAACCACAACCCUGUGCAUAACCCAAAUACCAUUUGCUCGCUGUACGAAAACCUACCCAAUUCGCAGAAUAUUAAUGGGCAAAGAUGCACAAGAAGUUUUCGAUCUUCAUAAUCUUACUUUAAGUUCUGAGUACAUGCCCGGGUAUCUGUGCCUAUCUAAAUUAUUCUAUGGGAUCCCUGCGUCAACUGCGAGAUUCUUAUAGAACCCAUCUCCACCAUGCCAGUGGUAUACACGAACCAUUCAGCUAGGACAAAAAUUGCGAAAUAGACAACGCUACAAGUCUGUGGCAACCGGAGAUCUUGACUUACAGCUCAUCAGAGCUUCUCGAUUAAUCCGGAAAUUGUGUUUGAAAAUCUUCCAUAAGCCACAGGCCCA